AUGACAAACGAAACCCCGUCCAAGGAGCCCAGCUGGGUGGCCUCUGACAGUGCCCUUGAUACACCCAAACAGCCUUCCGAGGCGUCAUCAUCAACAGCGUCUGUCCAAAACCCUGAUGAGGGCUUUUCCCUGGGUAUGCGUGGUAUUAUGAUCUUCGUGAUCUUAGCUGUCCUAACCCUAAUGGCGGCUCUCGAUGGCACGUCAAUAUCUGUUGCUCUACCGAUUAUCUCUAAGAAGCUCAAUGGAACUGCUAUCGAGGCAUUUUGGAGUGGGACAUCGUUCCUUCUGUCUUCAACGGUUUUUCAACCAAGCUUUGCAUCUUUCUCCAAUAUCUUCGGUCGUCGACCUAUGGUUCUGAUAGCGAUAGCUCUGUUUCUGGUUGGAGCUAUCAUUGCAGGAGUGUCCAAGAACUUCACAGAGCUACUCGUGGGCCGUUCCAUCCAAGGUGUCGGAGGGGGAGGCAUCAUCGCUCUGACAGAAGUGAUCGUGACCGAUAUUGUUCCCCUAAGACAUCGUGGCCAAUACUUUGGUGUCUUCAGUGGCAUGUGGGCUGUGGGGUCCGUUUCGGGACCGAUUAUCGGCGGUGCAUUCUCUGAAUAUGUUACCUGGCGCUGGAUUUUCUAUAUCAAUUUCCCAUUCAUUGGAAUCGGGAUUGUGAUGGUGUUGCUCUUCCUCAAGCUGAAUACCAUUCCUUCUUCAUUGGUGGAAAAGCUCCGGCAGGUUGAUUAUAUCGGUACUGUCAUCUUCGUCGCUAGUAUGACCUCGUUCUUGAUUCCUCUUACAUGGGGCGGCGUCUCGUACUCAUGGAGUUCCUGGCAUACACUCGUUCCCCUCAUUGUCGGUUUUUCCGGAUUAUGCAUCUUCGGCUAUUACGAACAUCGUUUUGCAGACGACCCCAUGAUUCCCCCUGUUAUUUUCAAAAAUAGGACCGCGACAGUCUCUUUCAUCGGUAGUACUUUGCAAGGGCUGGUGCUCUGGUGUACCUUGUAUUAUCUACCGCUGUACUACGAGGCCGUCAAAGGUUAUAGCCCUAUCCUAUCCGGCGUUGCUCUCUUUCCUGAGACAUUUACAGUUGCUCCCAGUGCUAUGGCAGUUGGGAUCAUAUCUUCCAAAACUGGCAGCUAUCGAUGGGCUAUCUGGCUGGGUUGGGCUCUGUCGACAAUCGGUUGUGGAAUUAUUUGUGUGAUCAAGGUGACUACCAAUGUACCAGGAUGGAUCUUCCUGAACCUGGUUGCAGGCCUCGGACUGGGUUUUCUGUUCCCAUCGCUGGGAUUUGCAAUCCAAGCAUCAUCGACAAAUGAAAACCUGGCUACCGCAGUGGCAAUGUUUAGUUUCUUCCGUGCCCUUGGCCAGGCCCUCGGUGUCGCUAUUGGAGGUGCCAUCUUCCAAAACCGAAUGUACCAGAACUUGCUCAAGUACCCUGAAUUUCUCUCGGUGGCUAGCGAAUAUAGUGCAGAUUCCGCGGGCCUUGUGCAGAUUAUUAAAUCUAUGCCGGAUGGCAGUAGCAAGUUGCACUUGAGAGAAGCGUAUACUGAUAGCCUGAGGAUUGUUUGGGCUGUGUGUUGUGCCGUUUCGGCUGUUGGGUUUUGUCUUAGUCUUCUGACGGAGGCGUAUGACCUCAAUCAGGCUUUGGUUACCACGCAAGGCCUUCUAACGGAGAAAGAUAAGCCGUCACAGGAAGAAGGGCGCAUUGAGGAUAGAAGUGUCACAUAA